AUGAGAAAUACCAGCAAGGAGCUGCAUGGGGCCGCGAGCCGCUACGCGCCCUGCGACUGGUAUUACGACCUUCCUGUGAAGCAGUCAGAGAAGGCCAUGGAUGCCCCACCAGCAUCGCAGAUUCCUGGCCUCAGCGACCUGAGGGAAGCCCCCAGCGGGCACACGCUCGGGAUGCGGAGGUACUGGGUGAAGGAGACAGACUCGGAGUACGUGAAGCUGGCCAAGCAAGGUGGCCGCCCUGAUCUGUUGAAGCACUUUGCCCCCGGGACCACGAAGGGCUCCCCGGUGGCCUACUCCUUGCCAGACUGGUACAUCCACCACAGCAAGCCGCCGACGGCAGACCAGAGACAGGUCCCUGCCGUGUCCAUGCCCGAUUACAUGGUUUAUGAAGAGUUUAACCCCGAUCGGGCCACUGGCAACUUCGAGUCCAGAAUGGGCCCCUUCGACUUUGACAUGAAGACGGUUUGGCAAAGAGAGGCUGAGGAACUUGAAAAGGAGAAAAAAAAGGUGAGGCUGCCAGCCAUCAAGUCUAAGUAUCCAAGCAAAGUGGGGACCCCUCUUGGCCACAGAGACCCUGCAGGAAGCAAAUUGUCCUUUCCACCCAUACCUGGUCAAAGACCCAGUUCACCUACAAACUUUUCCAAACUGAUUAGCAAUGGAUAUAAGGAUGAGUGGUUACAGCAGCAAGCAGACUCAGACAAGAGGACCCCGCAAACCCCUCGAUCCUCUGUCUCAUCUCCAUCCCCACUGGACGCUGAGCCGCCCCCAGACCCAGAAGCUCCUGGAGGCGCCAAGGAAGCCCCAGGUUCAGCACCACCUCCACCCAACUCAACGCCCGUGGAGCUCAAAUAA